CUGCGGCUCGGCUGCUAUGUAUGGGAACGGCAGAGCCGGGCGGCGUCGGGGACGCGGACUGAUAUAGGCCCGGAGGCCCCCGGGCCGGGCGGCGGUGGCCGGCGAACUGGAGUGCCCUGUGUGCAGUUCCUGUUGGCCUUCCAGAUAAUAGCCAAUGAACCCGAUGCCCCCUUCUCCAAGGCGACGGCGGCCCCGUCCGCGGGGGGGAAGCGCAGGGGAAGGCCCAAGAAGGAGGAGAAAGAAGAGAAGGCAUCCCAAGAAUCAUCUGAGGAGGAGGAGGAAGAGGACCAGUAAUCCAACGCAUGCUACCUCACUCAACAUACUGACUUACUGUUAACCAGAACUGGGCUGUAUUUCCAACACCAGUGCCACCACAUGACCACUGUUCACAACAAAGCCCCCUUCACCAAAGGUGGGUCAACACAGUACAUACAUCAUGCAGCUGCACUGGAUAGAAAGAUGGACUUGCUCAAGCGUAGAUCUAAGAAUUACAUAAACGGUAACAGCCCUUUUCUCUACAUGUCAUGUUAUCACGAGUCUUUUAUACUGGACAAGUGUGCUCCGAGGAGCCUGGAUGUUUUUUUUCCCUCCCCUGAAGAUGGUUUCAAGGACAUUUUCUCUGCUUAACGUUAUUUGUUGUACCCGCAUCUGAGAUGGUAGGGCAUAUAGAUUUUUCUGCUCGUUUUUUGUACUGGACAAAGGUGAAUUUUACCUAGUUGCUGUUUUUUUGUCUGUGUGAAGUGGUUAACCUCUCCUUUUUGCAUCAAAUUCUAGAUGGAGUUGAGCUUCAGCGUUUAGGAUGAGAAUAGGUGACUGAUGGUAGAAGUGUCAGUUCCAUGUCUAACUGAUCUCUUUUUUCCCACCUUUCCUGUUGGACAGUCUAGAUUUAGUGAUGCUUUUUUAAACAUUCAGUCCUUGGCAUGUAGUGGGGAGAUGUAAAGUGCAUCAUUAGUCAACAGAAUAAUCUGACCAGACUUGCUGUUUCUUUUUGUUUUGUCCCCCCCACCCCUCUUUUCUCAAGGUUACAUACCAUUUUUAAAAGAAAGAAAAAAACAAAACAUGAGCGUGCUGCUUUUUCAUAUUAUAACUCGAUUAUUUUUGGUAUGUGUGUUUUUAACGGAUAGAGUCGACAGAUUUCUUGGCUGAAAGUCAUCGGUGUUGUUUCUUCAGGGAGCUUUCACAAAUGCUGUUACAUUGCUACAUUUACUCUUUUCCUCCUUCCUCCUGGGCGCACACUCGAUCGCUCGUAAGGUUAAACGCAACUGCUCAAACAAGGAGUCCGAUUGUCACAGCGGACAGCUCCCCUGUCCCACAGGGCUGUACGGUUCUCAUUCCAUCUAGCUCUCACUGCUUCUUAGCCAUCGUCUUUAGAGCCGUUAAAAAAACUUUUUUUUUUUCGUUUUGUUUUUCUUAAUAUGUGUGUCGUAUGCUGUCGGCUACAGAGAAAUAAAUUGUUUUGUGUGUUUUCUAAGUGUCAGGGAAACUGCGGUCACAGUCCAAUUAACUGGGUUUUUUUCCACACACUUAAGCUGCUACAACCUCAGUUACAAAACCCGGAAAACUGCAAACAGGCGAGGCAAAGCCUGCGUAUCUCAUACCUCACUCAACCGCUUACUCUACCGUGAUUUCAUUUAACUGGUUUUUCUGUUUUUACUGUAUCCUCUGGCAUGAGUUGAAGGAGGUCAUUAUUACAAAGUUGUUUUUUUUUUUUUUGUGGUUUCGUUACCUGACUAAAGAG